AGGAAACUUCGGUGGCGUGCAGAGCUCAAGGGCUGAACUUUCUGAGCGCACAUAGAAGAGACGGGAGAGCAUCUGUAGCCUCAGACACCUGAUGAGCAUCUUCCAAACUCUGUAAGCCCGAAAACAGAUGAUCUAAAGAAAUAACUAUUCUGAGGAUUCAAACGAAGCAUUGCAGCUUUCCAAAUAUUAAAGACAGUCAUCAGAAGAAAGAGACAAUUGGACUUUUGGAGAUGGCACCGUCUGUUCGACGCAGGUGUAUGCUUCUGCUGUGUCUGACAGCUAUCCAGAUUGGUCAUGCUGCUGUUCAGGUAUGAGCAUUUUACAUUACAUGAGUUGAUGGAGCACCUUACUUGUGCAAGGUGUUUUGAAAUCUACAUUAAUAACUUUAAUUUGGCAAAAAUAUCUUUUCUAACCUCCUUCUUCUGUGUAAAGUAAUCUUUUUCUUGUCUUUGCACCAGUCAGUCUUCCCACACCACAUUCAUUAUGAUUAAUAAUUCUGUUUAGUUUUAAGUAUUGCUUUUAACAUUUUACAAUAAAAAGUUUUAGAUGUCUUUGCAUUUUUCAGAAAUAUGUUCUUUGUAGUGUCCGGAUAUGAAUCCCCCCAUGCUUUGUCAGCUGGUGGUAUUUCCCCUUUGCCUGGGGCAGGUGAAGGGAUCAGAGCACUGUCAAACUGCUGCACAGGUCCAAACAAUGAAUUUAAUGUAUUGAAGCAAGUCGCUAUCACUCAAAGCUCCCCUAAAUGCCAGUGCAGGAAUUUAAGGUAUGCUGCACAGAGAAAUUGUUCCAAUGAGCAUGUGAUUAUUAAACCCUCCUGAAAGGAUUAGAGGCACUUUCCCCGAGGAACUUUGUAAUGGCUUGACAAGCUUUUAAACCUCAAGUAACUGCGAGUGGCACCCAUGCUAUUUUGAGUCUACCUAUUCAGGCAUAUCCAAUGAGCAUGUGCCCUCCACCACCAUGAAAAAUAUACAGAGGAGCAGCAUUUUGGACUUAGGUCCCCCUGACAUCUGUCGGACAGCUUUUGUCCAGCUGUGUCAGCCACUGGCUAUGUGGUCCCAGGAGAAAAAAAGGGGAAAAUAGAGGAUAAUAGGUCCAAUACCUCACAUGUAAAUGCAAUUCAGUCUAAUAGAAAAUAAAUGUACCUGCACAUACUUGGAAAAUGUGAAUUAAUUGACUAAUACAUAGUAUAGGAGAGGUGAACUUCGUCAAUUUGAAGUUCAGCUGUGUUUUGCAGAUGAUUGUUGGUAGUCUAAUUACAUUUAUAUUUACAGUUAUGAAAUGAAAUACAUAUAUACCAACUUUGUUACAAAAACAUUGCAGGUACUGUGUAUAAAAUGCUCAAAAAACUGAACUUGGUGAUUUACUAACUAUUGAACAUGAACUUAAGAUUAAAUUAAAAGUAGUAAUAAGAAAACUUGUGCUCAUUUGAAAUUUCUGCAUUAUGCCGUCAGUGGAUAAAAAAUUCCGAACUGUAGCCAUGCUAGUUUAGGAUGUGGACUUGUCUCCUGUGAAGCCACGCUGUCGUAGAAACAUGCAGAGAGUAGUUUGGAAUUGUCUCACUAAAAUAUGCAAAGUUGUCCCUGAAAAAAAAAAAGGCGAUGUCUGAAUGUCGAACUGUAUUUGAAGUGAUUUUAAGCCAAUGCAGUGAAUUCCACUUCAGAGUCAGGCCUGUUUUUAGUGCAAUGCCACCCAGGGGUCCCAAUCGCAGCCAUCAGAGUCCUUCUGAGUCUCUGAAUCUUUCCACAAUGUUAACUGCUGUAGUUGAUGAAAUCCCCAAAUUCUUUGCUAUUUUCCGCUGAAGAACAUUUGUUUAAAAGUUUGCUCAUGUAGUCUCUCACAAGGUGGUUAACCCCUUCAAUGUUCAAGUUCCAGUUGAAAUAAUCUGCUAAAAUUGACAAAAAUGUGAGAUUAAUUGAAGUUUAGUCUGUGAGAGAAGUAGAGAGUAGAGAGUCAUCUGCCUUCAUGACACAAAAGUUGAGCACGUUUGUUUCUUUUUGUUUUCAAUCUCAGGUAGCUUUUUCAUGUUUCACCUUCUUUGUGUGACUUGGUGAGCUGUGUUUUAGAGGAACCUCUCCCAACACUCUUUGCACAUCUUGUCAGGGUUGCAUAAUACAUUUAAAUACCUAUAAAACUGUCUUUAAUUAUGACAACACUGUACCCACCAAUAAGCUUGGCUUAGUUUCUAUUACAUCAUGCUCUCAGGCAGCUUAUUAAUUUUAAUAUCCUACUCAUGUUUUAUAUUUCAAGGCCGUUACACUGAGGUAACUUUUAUUACCGCACUGGUUUUCUGGUUGGUAAGUCUUUCCAUUCUGAAAUGUUUUGCCAGGACUCUUUUCUGACAACUCUUAACUCUGCUCAUAUUACUUGUGCUUCAUUCGCAGACGUGUAUGGAUAAACAUCAGGUGGUCGGGGUGCUUCGUCAGAUGGAGAAGUUUCUGAAAGGACAGGAGAUGAGGUUCACGGAGGGGCUCAGGAUCAUGAAGUCCAAGCUGGCAACGCUUCAGAACUCUGUGUCCAAGCUGCCUCAAGCCGACCAAUCAGCUGGUGAGUAUGAAACAGAUAGAAACGCAGAUCGUCACUCUAGUCUUCAUCAUCAUCAUGGAAAUCCUUGGAUGGCAAACAUGUUGACUGGGUGUUUUCUAAUUAGUUAUGUGUCAGUGAGCUAGCAUGAAUAAUACUGGUGAACUAAAGCUGCUGACAGAAAUUCAACCAUAGUUUAUUUCAUUUUUUUGACAUUUUUUCCCUUAUUAUUGUCAAGACAAAUAUUUGUCCCCAAAACAUGACUUUGGCGCUAUAAGUUUGAUGGACGACAGUGGUUGAACUUACAAAUCCAAGUUAUACAUCCAUCAGAUUGGCCCUCUAUACUCCUACUCCUUUUACUUUUACAACUAAUAAUUAUGUAUAAAGCACUUUCCAUGGCACUCAAAGACACUUGGGAGCAACUAUGGAGAAAACCUGGUCCUCCCUCGUUCAGUACAUUCAAGCAGAUGUUUACUGGUUAACUUUGGGCUAAUUAAUGUGGAGGUGUGUAUGUUUUCAGUGGGUGUUUUUCUUUUAAGGUUGAUACUACUCAAUAGUUCAUGAGACUGAAACCAAUAUUUGGAACCAGUAUGCAUUGACGGUAGAAAUAAAAGAACUUACGGUCAAAAUGUAGAUUGAAAACCAUCACAAACUUUUAAACAAAACUUUGCGUCAUGCUUUCAGCUAAUGUUUGAUCAGAGCUGAAAUGUCAAACUUCAUAUACAGGAGUUAACGGGGAUGACACAUCUGGAGGAGAGCACACUUUUUAGUCAGCUAUCUUCAUCAGGGAUCAGUUAAUAAAAGGCCAAUACAGAUAACCAGCCACAUACCAAAUAUCGGCCCUGAUAACCGUCCGAGAACGAUAAUCUGUCAUCUCCUAGUUAUCGAGAUUCAUUUUGUGUUCACUAGUCUUAAAUCUUACACUGCUGUGUUUUUAAAGGUUAUGUAUAAUCUAAAAACAUGUAUUUAUUUAUAAUAUUUUGCCCUAUUAUAAAAAAAAAUAAUGUUAUCAAUUCCUAAUAAAUCAUCUGAUAUAUUUUGAUUUGAUUCGGUGGACCCCCUUUCAAGAAAAAAGUGAUCUUAUUUGUGUAGUGGUUACAUUUUCUUAUUUGAUUGUUUCAUGUGUAAAAUCAGUAUGACAGGUUUGAGUAUGCAGGAAAAAAUGGCAAAGAUGAUACUGUAAACAUGAAGUUUGAUGGAUUAGCUUUAUUUUGGACGAUAGCACUUCCUGGAUAAGAAACAAUCCAACGACACUUCACACUGUAAGGAUUUUCUCAUGCAUGCCUGUAAUGACUGAGGUUUCACUGAGUAAUUCAGGAAGUAAUUAUCCUGGUUAGGGCAAUCAAAAAUUUUAUUUUAUUCUAUUGUUUCAUGUGAAUAUGAUUAUUAUUUUUUAAAACACUGACAAUAGAGAGCCAGAUUUGGCUUCAUCCAAAUGGGAUUAUGUUUUCAUCCAACAGCUCCAGGCCAUCUCAAGGGGAGUGGAUUAGUGGAAAUGUGUUGUUUGGCAGCAGACACAGAGGGUAAUUUGUUGGGGAUGGACUCAGCUCUGUGGAGAGGACUUGGCAGCUUAGAAAGUGGCUGGUAUUUUACAUUUACAGCAGAAUGUGGAGGGAUGUCCCCGUCAGCUUGUUUGAGCCCAAAUGUUCGAAUAGUGAGUAUCUGAAGAUGCAGAGUCCCGAUUUGACAUUUUCCCCUUAUGUUUUUAUUUUGUUUACAGAAAUAACUGAAAGUAAAAACAAAAUUGUCUUCAGCUUAGUCGAUUUGACUUAUACCUGCGAUUAUCAACCUGCCUUUUGGUAGAAAUAAAUUUAAUUGUCCUGCUACUAUGUCACAAAAUGAUGGCACUGCAUACAUAGAAGUCACUGUUGGACUUGAAAUUAAUGCAUAUUCCAGCACCGCUGACAUAUCAGCUACAUAGUGGCUAAUGCUAAGUAACUUGCAUGUUUGCACUUUGCAGCAAAUUGUGCUCAGUUUCCAACAAAUUAAAUAAAGCAGCCUCCAGUCGAAUGAAAGUGUGAAGAAUUGCAGACUUGAGGCUGGCUGCAGAAGCCCCUGAAAACAGACACACACAAAGCCAAAAAAGCCAAUUUCCAGAGCAAAUAUAAACAUGUUUGACGCCUGGUUCAAAAACAGAUUUGGUCUGUAUAGCUUAGGGCGCCCACUAUACUAGGAGUGAGUCUUUUAUAACACAAUUUUUUGAAGUUAUUGAGGUUAUGAGACUAGCCGAUGAGAGGGAUGUCUGGCUAGGUUGACAGGUGGGGACAUUGCAGCAAUUUACAAAAAGACUAAAGAUGGCAACCACCUCUGAUUGGCUUUAAAUCAAAAGGGUAAUGUCAGAUACACAAUGUCCAUUUAUUGUGCAGCAUGUGAAUAAAAAAUGCCUUGAUCAGCUGUGAUUGAAUAGUUGAGAUUAGGAUCCAGACAUCCCUAAUAAAAACUGAACUGAGAGGUGAGUGACACCACCAGCAGCUCCAAAAGCUCAAUUUAGGGAGAAAAUCUGAAACAUCUGAGCGGAAAAACUAGAUAUGAGGAGAAAGUUUGUGAAAUACAACAAUGGUUCACAGAAUUAUACAUAUGCUGAUAUUCUGUGAAACAAUCUCUCGUGUGUUCAAUGUAAGGCAUGCAUCUUUUUGCAUAUUAGAGCCACAGCUGUAGUACAGUACUGUAAUAGCAAAUUUAUCAGCAUUUUUAAUACAAUAACUGGUCAGAAAUAAGGUUAAAUAAUUCCACAUUAUAUCCGCAUGAAUGGCCUGGACAUGACUGAGGUCUGAUUAUGUGACUGUUUAAACCUCCACAUAAAUAUACAUUAUAAAUUCAGUAUACUGCAGUGGUUUUCACCUCAGGUUGAAAGAAUCGGAAACUUUUGAUCAUAAUCCUCCUAAUUCAAUUCAGCACAAAAACAUACUCAUAAUCCAAUCAUGCUGUUAUGUAAUACAGUUAUGUUACACAUUAUACAAGCAAUAAAGUUUCCAUUCACCAUAGCUUAACAUUUUGCUGCUGGUGAACUUCUGACUCAUACGGCCGGUUCUCUGCUGUUUGACGGUAAAUGAGGCAGUUAAACAUCUUUUCCCAUGAAAGCUCUGAGCUGCCCAGUGACACGUGUAUAUCCCCAGGCAGAGAAUGCCAGAGGAUGUCGGGAGGCUUACUCCACAUGUGAUCAGCCUUCCUCUCGUGCUCUCUUUCUCUCUCCUUCAGCUCCCACCACCUGCCCUUCCCUGGAAGCCCCCGCUCAUGGAUCCAAGUUCGGCUCUAAGUACUUUGUAGGACACGAGGUCCAUUUCACCUGCUCCCAGGGGUACCAUCUCGUGGGAUCUGCCACACGUGUGUGUCGCGAUAACGGCACCUGGACGGGAGUGGGUGCUAUAUGUAAAGGUGAGCUCUAGCAGGAAGUAUGAGGGAAUGUUUUGAACCUGUGUCUUAGUUUUAAGUUGGUAUAUCAGUGAUAGUGUUUCCCAUCACUCUGAGGCGAACUAUGGAGUACCGCAAGGGCCAAUUUUGGGACCAGUUUUGUUUACGCGCACAUGAUGCAGAGACACAACAUUUCACCGUAUCUCUACGCUGAUGACACUCAGCUGUAUCUGCCUGUCGAUCCAAGCAAAAUCAAAAUCCUCUCAAACCUUAAACUGUCUCAUUGAUAUUAAAAACUGGAUGGAGGCUAAUUUGAGUUUUUUUAAUCUGUAUGUGUUAAAUGUUGUUUUUGUUGGCUCAUUAAAAAGUGAUGAGUUAACUUUCUAUGUAUUUUUGUCUUAUAAGAAUUAGGUUCAACAGCUUCAAAAGUUGCAACUCUGUUAAGUCACUUUUAAAGUUAAAAUUUACACACAUAUUACCAACUUAUUUUACUCUUUAAUGGAGGUUAAAGUUGAUGUGAAAAGUGGAGGGUUGAGAUGAGCCCCUGAUCUGGCCACCUUACAAUCACAAAAGUCUGGGUCUGUCAUUGUGUUUAGAUACCAAACCAUUUUGAUACAGCACCUUUGGUUCAUUGCAGACAUGUGCCAAUCAGAAUAUAUGCAGAAUCAAAGGUAAAUCAGAUCCAGUGUCCCCACAUGGACUUGGAAAAUGGUUGGUUUCGCACUUUGACUAAAAGUCACUUUUUUCUCACUAUUUUGUGUCUGUUUGUGCUUCUUUCUGGAUGAUUUUAUUUCUCUUUUGGUUCAUUUGUGUUGUUUUAUCUACUCUCCAACAAUGCGUGUUAAAUGUCACUUCAAGCAAAAUCCCUGUUCUCAAGGCCCCCUGGAUCCUAGAGCCCCCUGGGCAAGCGCCCCGGUAUGCCCACUCAGUAAUCCACCCUUGCAUUAAGGCGACCUCGGCUCGGCAGCGUCUGAAUGCCGAGCUGCAGCCCUGAAGCCAAACAGCUCCUCACACAUCCACAGAUAACAGGCGAAGAAAAGAGCCUUUCUUUGGAGUGACUGGAGCUCCUCAGCACAGUGAAUGAAACCCUCGUUAAAAUGGCAUUAAAUGUCUCUGAACACAGAAAAACACCUGUACUGCAUUCCACUGUGGGGUGCUUUACCCUCCAGGUUUCCACUCCUCAUGAGCAGCAGUGCUUAAGCUACUGUAAGAUAAAGCCCCCCUCUCUGGCUCAUGUUUCCCUUUUUCUUUGACAGCAGUCCCACUGGACGGGGUUAGGUCCAGACGUUAAACCCAAACCAUGGUCUGAUAGCACACAAGUAUGCUAAGCAUGCUAUUGAUAGCCCCCUUCAGCCUCCACUGAAGGCACUCAUCCAGGAAUUCCAAGUGGCACACGCAGUCGAACAUGUGCAUACGUUUAUUGACGUUUAUGGUUAAAACAACACGUGAAGGCUUGACUCUGCACAGUAUUAUCUCUGUUCAUGAUUUUCAGCCCGGCGUAGGAGCUCUAAAUUUAGCCACAUUCAAAAAGCAGUAUUGAUAGAGAGUGAAAACUUGAAAGUAGAAAAAGAGUUUAAAAAUAUCUGGGAGAGUGAAGUGGGCCUUUUCAUGUCACGGCCCUUUGGUGGACCCCAGGGAAGUCAAAUAAACAUGACAGGGAUUGGUUGUCAUCCAGUAUUCUGUGGCCUCUGCAUGGAAGCUUAGAAAGCAGAGGUUGCCUCAUAACAUCUGCAGCACUCUCAGAGCCAGCUGUGGUAGAAAGGAAAGUUGGAGAGAAGUCAGGAGAUCACAAGUUAUUGAUUUAUCUACAUGAUACUUGACCAGAACAGCAGGUGCAACUAAAAGAUUUUUUUCAUGAUUUACUCCCAAAAAGUUAAACUUUCAAGUCUUAUUAAUUUAUUAGAAAUACAGUAAAAUAUUUCAAUUUUUGAUUAAGAGCAGAUGUCUGUUAUUUUAGAAGAUUAUAAUAAUUCCUAAAACCAACCAAAACAAGGAUUUAAGAUACAGAAAUAUCAAACUUAUGAAGAGUAUGCACAUAUAUACAGUGUUUGUGAUUGGCCAAUCAAGUGCAGUCAUAUCAUGAUUAGCAAACAGGCUGGCAGUGGUUUUGGCGCUGUGGGCAGGUGCUUUGUCCUGCUGGAAAAUGAAUCUCGUCAGCAGAUAGAAGCAUGUCGUUCUCUGAAAUCUGACUUUAGACUUGAUAAAACACAGAUGAUAAACACUAAGAGAGAAUAUUGCGCCCCAAAUCAUCUCGUGGAUUAAGAUCCCUUGCCUUUCCACUUUUCAUCCAGACUCUCGCACUAAAAUCUCCAUGUAAAAUAUGAAAUUCUCUUUCAUCUAAAAAACAGGACCCAGGGGAGAGUCUUCAUAAUAUUAGUUUGUGACAGUGAUCAUCUCAUACCAGCCUUGGUCCACUCCUUGUGAAACUCUUGUAUCGACUUUUCAUGACAAUCCUCCCAGCGCUCUGACCAUUGUUGAUACAGCCAGUCCUUUGGCAAUGACAUUCUGAUGACUGUGGUUGGGUGUACUAAACCAAACCGACAGAAAUCUGAAACUGAUACCAUCUGUUAAGUGAUUUAGUCAGACUCCAAAUAAUAUACUUUAAUAUUUUGAGGUAUGAUUUUUACGCAAUUUGAGGUCAAAAUUAAAACUGAAGAACAUUUGAAAGAUGUUUAGUUUGCAUGUGACAAGUCCAGCAUCUAUUUUCACUUUUUUACUUCAUCCUUCAUAGGAGUAAGCGUAAAUAUUUUACGUGGUUCUUUUAAUAUGAAAGUCAAAGACUUUUGCAGAAUUACCAAUUUGCACAUGUUCAGGUCGAGGUAAAAGAAACACUAGUAAAAGCCGUUCGGAGGAAAACAUGACUGCAGAAGUUUUUAUGGGAUUGUACCGAGAAGGUGUUGACAGAAAAGCACUUUACAACUGUGUUUUGCUCGAAGGAAAGUACUUCAGCUUUAAAAAUAUCCAAAGAUCUGCUGCUGUGCUGUUUGUGAAUGUGUUUCACAUCGCUAGAAGUACAUGGAUAAAACAGAGCGUACUUCCAGCAGUUCAGGGCUUUACCGUUAAAGUCGUAGUGGAUUUCAGCGAAUCACUCUCUAAUCAUGAUCCCCAUUAGAUCUGAUCAGGAUAAGUACUACUUCCACAAAUAGACCAAAUAAAAGGGCAUCACAGACCCACAGUGGACAUUUUCUGCCCAUAAUGACAGAAGCAGUGACUCAUUUUUAAGUAUAAGUUAUCAGUAGGUGGAUAUGAUGGGGCAUGUAUGUAAGAGCUGUUUGAUGUUUCCCCAGUAAAACCUCAAACAGAUUCUGCAGCCGGUCUGUUUCUAUUUUUUUAAUCAAGCAUCUGGAAUCUAUUAAUAAGAUGUCAUCCUCAUGUUUAAUCUAUUUCAUGAUGGACCAGUGAUUGUCCUUUCCUCUGCAGAUAUAAGUGAGUGUGUGAGUAAUCCCUGUCAGAAUGGAGGCACCUGUGUGGAAGGGGCUAACCAGUACAAGUGCACCUGCCCCCAGAACUGGAGCGGGUCUCACUGCCAGCACCAAACUCAGACAGGUCACAGAUAUAAGAUCUUCUUUACUUUCUAUAUUUUGAAUGUGUUAAGCUGUAAAUCAGUGUGUUACAGUUAGUCUGACUUCCAUAUUUCCUUUUUUGUUGCAGCGCCGCCUGAGUGGAGUGUCAUGAAUGAUCCCGCCUUCAGCCGCAGACCCCGCUGCGCUCAGGUGAACCGGGCCCAACACUGCAGCUGUGACGCCGGCUUCCAUAUGAGUGGCACCUCCGACAACAGCAUCUGUCAGGGUGAGCUCUGAUUAUGAGUUACCGUACUUGUGGGGAAAUGUUUCCUUCCCCUGUUCCCUCUUUGAACAAGAACAAACUUAUCGUCUCUUAUCGUAACUUGACGGCACAAAAAACAAAAACUUUUACUCCUCUGGUCAUUAAUAUGUUUACAAAUGAGAGUAAUCUGUGGAGCCAGUCUGUGACAAACAAAAUAAUCCUUCUCAAAGGUCACAAGCUGAUUAGGAUCCAUUCAGGUUACAGUUCAGUUGCUUUUAAGAAUUAAAUGGUUGAGUAAUAAUUGGAAAUGAGACUUUAGACUGUGAAGAUGUUGACAAAGACCCAAUAAAGCUCCUGUGAGGAGUUGUUUUGCGGUUUAAGAGCCAGACUGAAAUUCAGACUGAUGCCUUUUUAUAAUGUGCAAAAGAAAACAAGACCAUCAGGAACAAGACUGACUGUUUUAUAUUGUGAUUUUUUUAAGUCUCAAAUCAGUGCAAAGGGGUAGGUGUCAGCAAAAUAGCUACAGAGACAGCUCUAUCUUUAUUAAAAAUCACAAUAAAUGUGGCUGUCAAAGGCCAUCAGGGUGAGAUUUUAUCGACACUUAAGCACGUGAAGGACAAGAAAAGCAAAGACUGCUUUGUCCACAGGGGGCGCCAAAGAUGAGGCAAACAGAAAGCUGCUCAUGGAGGCUUUAAAAAGGAGAAAAGAAAUCAAAUCGUGUCCUCUUUAAUAUAGUAGAAAACGACCAUAUUGUGACACUAAAGCAGGGUAAGCUUAAGGACAGUGCUACCUGUAAUGGACAUGCUUUUUCCUCUUGGAGCUAGAGUGCACUAGAGAUUUAGGUGUAUUUUCCAUAUUUACAGUAUGAUUCACGUGUUAUCUCUGAAUUCAGAGGAUGUUGGUUGUAUGAGCGAUUCUGCAGCCAAUCAGGAGGGAGAACCGCAAAUGUUCUGCCGUCAUUUUAGAGGAGCUAUCACACAGAAAGCCUAUGUCUUUUAAUUAUAUGCACAGAAUACAAAAAUCAAGACUUUGACUGGUCAUGUGAUCAUUUUCAAAGCUGACGCUCAUACAUUUCGUUUCUUGACAGAUGUAAACGAGUGUGAAGUUUAUCGCCUGGACCAAGGAGGGAAGCUGUGUAUCCAUGAAUGUGUCAACGUCCCCGGCUCGUACCACUGCUCCUGUCCCAGUGGCUUCAAGCUGCUCCCAGAUGGGCGGGGCUGUGAGGGUGAGUGACAAGAGAAAACAGAGGACAAAGACUCAUUCACGGGGGCCAUGGCUGCAGAUUUAGCCGGGUAUGUAGCUCCAGAGUGGAGUAUUUGUGAUUUAGAAGGAGCAGGAGCUGAAGUAGCAGAGAUUUCAGUUUCUGCAGAGGUGUCCGUCAGCCCACUUUUACUUCCACCCCUGAAGCUCACGAUGGUUGCCAGAGGAAAGAAUGACCUCACCCUUUCCCAGCAGAAGGGAUCUUUAGGACAUGAGACUAAACUGAAAAACCAAAUAAAUAAUCACAGCUCUGCACCCCCUGCUCGGGCUGUGGUAACCAGGAAGCAGCGAGGCAGUCUGGCAAGUCUCGAACUCGCUCGGCUUCUCUUUCUUACAUGCCUCUGCUGUUUUGUCCUCCAGAUGUGGACGAGUGUUUGAGCCAGCAGCACAACUGCAGCCGAGGCACAACUUGUAUCAACACGGGGGGAGGCUUCCAGUGUGUCAACCCAGAGUGCCCCCGCUCUCACGGCAACAUCAGCUACGUCAAGACCUCUCCCUUGUAAGUCCCACAGCCCGAUGUGACUGAUGUUAUCUGUUGUAUCAGCUAAAAAAAUUCCUAAAAAAUUCAGACCACAUCUUCCUGAUUUCAUCAGAAACUGAUCAUAAACUUUCAAAGAGCCAUCUGCUUCAUAAAUAAGACCGGACUGUGAGUCACGAAUAUCCCUCUGCAAACAUUUUGCCUUUUAAAAGCAAGAAAGGCAAAAGUAAGAUCAAUGUUAGAUUGCUGUGCAUUUAUAAAGGUGCACCUGAGCAGCUGAAGUAUGGUUGAGUGAAAAACAAUGAUCUGCAGUAUUUAGGGGAAAGAAGUGACUGUUGAUUAAAUAUUUAAGCACAGAAUUUUAAGCGGAUUAUUCACUCGUCAAAUUUAUGAGCAGCUCUUGUAGCUAGUGUGUUGAGGGUAACAAGUCACAAAGUAAUCCAUAACAGUUCUCGGAUCACUUUUUUUGUUAUAAGUAACACAGCAAAUUAGUUCCACAAUCCAAGUCAUCUGUAGGGAAUUAUUUGUUAUAAAAGUGAUGUAGGAUUGAAAAAAUGCAGCAUGUUUCUUUAAUGACUUCAAAACAAAGACAGUCCCUGAAGCCUUUGCAGUGUUUCUGUUUCCUUUCGUGGCAGGUAGCUGUGUACCAGUGGAAAUUAAAUCUAGUCCAUCUGAUCCAACAAGUGCUUCAGUGGACCACAUUUUCUUUGUGGAAAUAUUUCUAUUAUUUUGAGUUUUUUAGACUAAAGGAGCCGGAGCAAAUCACAGUAACAUCUAAGCUGUGCCUCGUAAGCUGCUAAGAACUUCGCUUCAAGUUUGAGUUAGCAUCUCUGAGAUGCAAGCUGAUGCUGAGGCCCAUUGCACAGGAUCCAAAUACUGUAAGUGCUCCAGAACAGCUCCCCCUUCUGUUGAGCUGUAGAGCUACAAACGCUUGCACCGGUUACCUGAAGAAGCAACUUUUUCGGCAUACACAGAGGACGGAUUUUGGCCCACACACUCCUAUGUGUACCUACUGCAAAAAACUGCUGCAGGUAUUUAACAAGAUGCUAAGUAGUGGUGAUAAUCCUGUAACUUAAUAAAAAUCACAAUAAUAUUUUAUUUACAGGCACCUUUGAAAACACCCAAGGACAACUUUCAAGACACUGAUAAACACAAACUUUGAAAAAUAGAAGUUAAAAGAUGUAACAGUGCAGUUCUCUCAUAGGUAAUGCAAAUGAUUGUGAUUGUAAUAGAAGAAAUCGCAGUGGUUUUACUGCAGCUCUAUCCUCCACUCCAGACAAACAUCAUGCACGCUCAGCAAAACUCGAAUCGAUGACUUUUCCCCCCUUUAAAACCAUGUAGAGCGCCUCCUUGCCAAAUGUUUGGAAGCAUUACAGCUCCCAACUCACUUUUUUUUUUGCCAUUCAUCGACUGGCUGCCUCAUUUAAGAGCAUGAAACAAAGCUCUGUGUGCUCCUACUCAACCAUCAAUCUGCUGAAAUACUGCCGCACUGCCAGCGCAGGGUAUGGAUAGAUGUUUGGGGGGGAAACACAUGAAACUAGGAGAGAAGAGGGUAUGUAGUAUGACAGAGGCUAUGCCCUUACUUCGUACCACAUGUUAUGCAUGUCUCACAGCAAAAAAGUUGUAAAAUAUGGGAAAAAGUGAAACAAAUUUUUAGAGACAGCUGCAGAAAAUAAAAAAACGUGUCAAAAAUUUUGAAAACAAUUGUUUGUCCAUCUUUUUUCGCCUUUCACACAUGCACUCCUGACACUUUCAAGAUAUUUUCAGGACUUCUUUUCUCAGCAAAUUCAAGACGGCUGAAAAUUCAAAAAGUUUGGCUGAAGAUGUGGCGGAAAACCUCAGUUGUUUGUGUUCGCACAUACGCCCCACAGGAGUGAUUCUGAGGAAUUUUCAGGAGUGCAGCACAUGUUGAGAAAAGAGCUAAAAGCAGAAGUUUAUAUGAAUGCAGUAAACUUGCAGCAUGCUCCGAGAUGACCUCAUAAGAACUGCAUGUUUGGGUCAGAAAGAAAACAGUCGUGAACACUUUCCCACGAGGAGAGAAUAAUGAUGUAAACAUGUUUUGCCUGUGACAAGACGGCCUCAUUACGUGGCAAAUACCAAACACACACAGCGAGUGGGAAACAUUAAACUCAUUUUCUGCCUCAUUGUUUUUUGUUUCAUUCCUGUCCUGCAGUCAGUGUGAGAGGAACCCCUGCCCCAUGGAGAGCCGCUCCUGCCACCUCGCUCCUAAGACCGUCUCCUUCCACUACCUGUCUCUCACCUCCAACCUGCAGACUCCUGCUACACUUUUCCGUAUGGCGACCGCAGCCGCCCCAGGGCGCACCGGCCCGGACAGCCUACGCUUUGGCAUAGUGGGCGGAAACUCUCGAGGUAUUUUUGUCAUGCAGCGCUCAGAUAGACAGACUGGAGAGCUGAUUCUGGUGCAGCAGCUACGAGGGCCGCAGGAAAUCAGCGUGGAUGUGGACAUGUCUGAGUACAGCGACCGCACCUUCCAGGCCAAACACGUGGCCCGGGUUCACAUAAUGGUCUCACCUUAUAACUUUUAACUUCAAGCCCACGAAGAAGGCGAACAGACAAAGAGGAGCAGCAGAGAGUGUGUAUUUCAGCACCAAUCUCCAUAUUCACACGGGGCUGAGCUGCACGGUCACAAAAUGCCAAAUUUGAAGAAGAAUUUUAAAAAGUAGAAAUAUGAGUCAGAACCAUGAACAGUGAGCGAUCAUUGUAAUGUCAUCCUUUGCUUUGUGAAGUUCGACUGUUGGUCGCCACUAUCUUAUUAUUAUUUUCUUCUUUCUAUUCCCUGGUUUGUGGCCAAAUUUGAAAAAAUCUACAAUGUCGUGUCUCAAUUCUGGUUCUCACAUUUCCACGAAAACAAAAUAUAGGAAUUUAAAAGUGUUGACCAACGCUUAAUAAUUUCCUCUAAUGUUUUUAAAACAAUCUGGCUUUUUUUUUGCAAUCAUUGCUAAAGAAAGUAUGAGCAGUUUAUAUCAGCAUUUAAUCUCCUACUUGCUAACAUCUCCAUUAGCUAGUUUUAAAAAAGUUGCCAUUACCUAAAAUUUGUUCGCUAGAAAGUCUCACCUUUCCUGUUAUAUCUACCUAAAGGUAAUGUUAGCUUGUAAAUAGUUGAAUGCAAACAUUAGAGAUUGUCUUAUCAUACUGUAGCGGUCAAUUAUGAUCCUAACGUCAAAUGUGUCCCUCUGUUUCCUAGGAUUUUCUUAAUCCAUUGUCUCUAAAUUGCUGAUCAAUAAUGAGCAGAUUAAUAAUCCUGAUUUGUCAUAUUCACAAAACACAGUCCAUAAACCGAGAGAGUCAGAGUCUCCAUGCUGACCCUCGUAAUGGUGGAUUGGUCUCAGCCUAAAAAACAGUCGACAGUGUUGCAGCACUCAAGCCCAGGACUUGGACUUCAGACUCGAACGUUGACAGCAACAGGACUUUUAAGGUGAAGGGGGAGGACCCAAACUUCCUGCAUUUCCUUGCGUUGGUCACAAGAGGUAUCAUGCACAUUCCUAAGUGGAAACGAGGCGUCAAACUUCAACAGGCAUCUGUCCAGUAUGAGAGGCUGUCAGCGAGCCAACAGUAAUAUUAGUCCAGAUACUUCUUCAAACUAUUUUUAUCCCCGUCCACAUCAGAGAGUUUAUGAAUAUUUCUCUGUCCACACAACAACACAGAAAUGGUGUUGAAUUCAGAUCAAUGAAACGUGUUUUUUUCUUUUCUAAAAGGUCCCGCAUGGUCAUGGCAUUCAGUCCACACAGUCAAAGAUGUGUCUUUAAGUCUAAGUGACCUUUAAUCAAUGAUGUUUCUUUAAAAGACUGAAAACCAGCAAACCAUUGAUACACCUGUGUCAGGACGCUUUGUUUUUGUCUUUCCUGUCAUGUUAUUUUUGUAUUUUAAAGUCCAUCAUAGAUCCUGUUUGUGUCUCUCAGGGUCAGGAGCGGAUGCACUGCCCUCGUUUUACCUUUAGAGACACUAGUGCUCCUGUGGCUCUAAUUUAUUGGAAAUACUGUUGCCUAUUUUGACAUUGUUACUUACUGUACGCCACAUUUUUACCCAUCACCAUAUAUUGUAUAUUUGUUACGUUAUUUGUACUAGCAGGCCUUGUUUGAGGCUCUUUUCAUUAUGCUAAGGGAGUUUUUUUAACAGUAGAUGCAGCUUUAUACCUGGGCAUGUAACCUCUACUACUCAUACUCUGUAAUUUACCCUGAAAUAGUUUCAUUGUAUUCUUAAUGAGAGUCAAUUUGGUAAGCGUAUCGAUGCACUACACAGUUUAUCUGGAUUUUUAUGUGUCUGUACAUAUCUGAAAUAAAGUCAGUCCAACAUU